AAAGCGACGCUUGACAGCUGGAUCCUCAUUUGCCAUCAUCCUAUUACAUCUUUUCCCUAUCUAUCGGUUGGUCUGUUCUGCAUAUCAACGGUCACUAGCUUCCUGUUAUAUUUUUCUGUCUGCGCGGUAAGACAUAACACGCUCCUGCUUAUUGCUCCUUCUCAUUCUUGCGACUUCCCCUUCCUCUUAUCCCGCCGGUCCCCAACUGAACUGAACUGAACUGACGAUUGCUUGAAUUCCGGAAUGUAGGCACACAACCCACUGUCGCGCACGAUUGAACGAACCAGUCUCGAAUAAAUCGAGCCCCUACAUUCCGUUCCUGAGUCGCCAUUGUUUUCGAUAACGAAUCAUCGAGAGCCAUCACGAACCAACGUCAUUCCAGAUCCCUUCACGGUCACGGUCGAUUACAUACUGCGGAAACAAUACCAGCAGGCAGGUAGACAAGUGAAGGAAGAAAAAGAGAACAGAAACUAUGGCAUCACUCAUCACCACCAUCAAUGCUCGGACGAGAGCCCCCUUCAAGCCGCGGUCGGCCGCAAAGGGAACCAGCAGUUACCAGCUGAGACAGUUUGCCGAAGCGACGCUUGGGAGUGGGAGUUUGAGGAAGGCUGUUCGGUUGCCUGAGGGGGAGGAUUUGAAUGAGUGGCUUGCGGUCAACGUGGUCGACUUUUACAAUCAGAUUAACCUCCUCUAUGGAUCGAUUACUGAGUUUUGUUCGCCGUCUUCAUGUCCGGAGAUGAAGGCUACCGACGAGUUCGAAUACCUGUGGCAAGAUUCGGAAAAUUACAGACGACCAACCAAGAUGUCCGCGCCGGCUUACAUUGAACACUUGAUGAGUUGGGUGCAGAGCAACAUCGACAACGAACAGAUGUUUCCCAGCAGGAUCGGUGUCCCCUUCCCGAGAUCAUUCUCCAGUUUACUCCGUCAGAUCUUCAAGCGUCUGUACCGAGUGUAUGCACACAUUUACUGCCACCACUACCCCGUGGUCGUUCACCUGGGCCUCGAACCCCAUUUGAACACCAGCUUCAAGCACUACGUCCUCUUCAUUGAUGAGCAUCGGUUGGCAAGUGGGAAGGACUUCUGGGGUCCAUUGGGUGAUUUGGUCGAGAGUAUGCUCCGGAGUGAUUGACGCAUAUCUUUUUCUUCCGUAUAAUGUACUGGCGUUGAGGUGUUUGGCUUUUUUUUUAAUUUCUUUAAUAUCCUCUGUCACCUGUUAGAAAUGAGACUUAGCGAAUGACAUACCACAGUGCUCCA